AUGGUAUGGGUCAGUUCAUGUCCCCAACUACUGACGUCGUUGCUUCACCAUGAGAAGAUCUUAAAAGUGAUUCGGGUGCCUCAUACUCCACUACUUAUAGUUCUCACGAAUACUACUAUAACAGCAUAUGAUCAAAACACAUUGUUACCGAUCGCUUCACACACACGUGCAGAAGACUCAGUAGCGCAACAUGGUACCAAUAAAGAUAUACAAACAAAGCAAAUCACAGUGAAUACGGCUCAAUUGCUCAAAAUACACACAGUUAACUUGUUUGUUCAAACAGAACAUAACUAUUUGGUGAUCUACCUGGUGUUGAUCAACCACUCCAAGUCCCUUUUUGAAGUGAAUAAUAAUGUGAACUAUGAACUUAUUCAAACCGGAUUGCCUUUGAGUCUGACUGUGGAAAAGAACUCGUUCAGCAGAAUGAUAAAGUCGGCCACGAAAGCAAUUGUACUGGGAAAUGAAAAUCAUGUGGAUCUAGAGAAUAUUGAAAAUUUCAAUAAUGUGCAAUUGGAAGAUGAAGAAGGAAACUUCACUAUACCGACUGUCAAACUCAGCGUCUUCAAGAUCCUCAAAAUAGGAAUCGGACUUCAAAACUACUGGCUUAAACACAACUCACACAACUUGAUUAUCUUUAACAACAAAAAUGAACGUCAAAGUUCGGCAAUACAGGCACAAGAGGGUAACUACUUCCAAAUAAUUAACAUGCAAUCAUUCCGCAGUGAAGUAUUUCAACUUUCAGAUUCAGACUGGUAUCAUCUGACUGAUCCUGAAUCGAACAUAAGUUAUAUCAACUAUAAUACUGAACAGAAUUACUUUAUAUUUCUCAACGACAACAAGGAAUUAUGGUACUUCACAGUAGAAUUCAAUGACAGUGAUCUUUUAGUACCUGUUGGACAUAAGAUAUUCACUUUUGAAGCUAUCGAGCUGCUUGAAAACUUCAAGAUCUCCUUCAACCCACAGUCAAACUUGAUACUAAUCCACGUAAAUAGAAGAAUAGAGCUAUUCAAGUUAUUCACGGAUACUUCUAAACUUGUGUAUCUCAAGGAUAUUAAAAGUAAAGGCUUGGAAAAAUCCUCAAUUAUUUGGUCUCCAUGUGGAGACUAUUUCGUUCUUCUUGAUGAUUCGACUGGAUAUUGGUCUAUCUCUACUAAAUUUGGAAGUUUUACUUUCAGCACUACCGAGAUAAUUAAAGAAUUAGACGAAGUAUAUGAAGAGAACAGGGGAUUCCUUCGAGCAGCAAAGAUCUUAAUAGGACCCAAUGCCAAUUCCCUUUUCAUUGUUGGUCACGAUUAUUCCAAGCUAUACAAGGUAAAUUUGCUAGCCGCAAACGACUCAGCGGACGUCUUUUAUGAUCAUGAGUAUUUGAGCAUAAUACAAAACAACAAGUCAUUUGUUAGAUUUCCAAUACAACCUCGGGUAAAGAAAAUAAUUUCUCAGAUUGAACGAUUCAAUGGCAAUACAUCUAAAUCAACUUCAAAGAGCAUGAGUGGUGUUCUCAAUAUUUCAAGAAAUAAGUAUAAUCAAUUGGCAAUUUCUUAUGGUGACAACAUUUCAUUAUCAACUCCAUUCUCAUCGGGUGGCACUGAAUUCAACAAUAUCCUUUGGUUUAACUUCCGAAACUAUUAUCUAGAUGCGUACAAUAUUGUUUCGCAAUUCUGGUUUAACGACUACUUAGUUAUAGUCAACAGGAAAACGAAAGAUAACUUUGAAGAUGAAACCGAAAAUGGGAAAUCUGCUGCCAAUGAAAGUUCGGCAAUGGUAGAUGAGUUGAUUGUGUUGGAUACUACUCGGUUCAAAUAUGGAAAUGGAGGAGAAGAAUUAAGGUUGGACAAUGAUCUGACACUAUGGAAAUACGAUUUCAAGACAACUUUUAUAAAGAUACAACCGAUCACAAUCUCCGAACAUGUUUGCAAUGUUGUUAUCUUAACGCAUGAUCUCAGAUUGAUAAUCCUCGAGCUUAAUGACAACAAGGCUCUUGCUAGAAAGUCGUCAUCUGCAGACUUAAAAGUUAGAGGAAUUCGUAGAAAUUAUAAGAUAUUCAUCGGUGUAAACAAAACCAUCCAUUUGCUAUCUGUUCAACAUAAAUUAGCUAUCAAAGAUGUGAUUCAAAUAGGGAUGGUUGACCGGAGACAUUUUUUCUUCUUGUUGAAAACAGGAGAGUUGUUCUUGCUCAAGAACCAAACCAUGCCAACUCCCCCAUCGCAGUCAACUCCCAUCGGAGCACUAAAACCCAAUAACAUGUAUGACUUGAUCAAAAUUGGAGACACUAUUGAAUUUUUCAAGUUCCAAAAGUUGAGAUUCAAUGAUCUGCUUACUGAAUACAUCUACGUUUUCAACGGCGAGGAAUUAUUGAUAUACGAAUUAGAAGACUUGAUAGAAAAUUCUUUUGACAUGUCAACCAUAAUUAUAGAUGAACUUGAAAAAGAAAAGCACGUUUUUCCCAUUCCGAUUUCUAUUGAAACCGAGAACUUUCAGCCGAUAAUAUUGGAUGGAGUAGUUGCUCCUAACUCACUUUCAGUUAAGUCAUUGGAUUUGGUUGGCUUGGAAAAUGUAAUUGUAAACAAGUUAUCUAGUGGAGGACUAGUUGUAAAGACAAAGGUUGCCCGGAAAUUAGUUUUGAAUAAUUUCAUCGAAAAUGAGCUCGUCAAAACUUCAAAUGACUUGGAGGCAGCAGUCACCAAAUACAAGCAAUUUCUGAACUAUCAUUAUUGUUUGGAAUUGCUUCUUUUCAAGUACCUAACGUCCGACAACAACAAUAUCCUUAAAAGGUUGAUUACUCUUAUUGAAUUGAACGAGCAUUCUGAAUAUAUCUAUAUCAACUGCUUAAGAAAGAUAGAAGUUAUUUAUUGGGAUAAGUUCUUUACUAUUCUUGAUACGAAGCCAGUUACGUUCAUGAAGAGAUUGAUCGAGAUCAACAAUGUUGAGUUAUGCUACAAUUACUUGAUUAUAUAUCUUAACUACAAAAGAGAAGGUGAAGACGAAGACUCUGCAGCGGACGAAGAAGCUCUUAAUUCCAAUGAUAAAGAGAUUAUUCUCAAGAUUAUGAAGAUGUUGGACGAUUCGCUGAAAUGGGACUGGUGCUUUGAGUUGUGCAGAUUCAUCAAAUUGCUCCAACCUUCAGGAGAACUCUUGAAACAGAUCAAGGAGACAUUGCAGAAGUAA